AUGGAGGAGGAGGAGUCGGACCUUCCUGGAGGGACCAGGGGGUAUGCCUGCACGGCCAUUCCGCUGAGGCACGAGGACUUCCUGGACCCGGGAGCACGUGCGGAGCCUGGCUGUCCUCCUGCCGCCCUCGUGUGCCGAAUUGACGGCAUGUUCGACAUCCUCCCUCCGUACUCCGUCCUUCCUCCUCUCUCCUCCUUUCGCCCUCGCGGGCGAAUUCCCCCCCUUCCUUCGCCCAUCGCCCUCGCGGGCGAACAUCCCGUCGCCCUCGCGGGCGAAUCCCCGUGGCAGGACGCCGAAUACCCCUAG